UCUUCAGUCAAUGAAAUCUGACUCUUCAUUCACUCGUGUUGUAACCCUCGGAGGAAACAAAUGUCAAUAAGAGAUUAUGGAGCAGAUGGAGAACUUUCAUUAGCGCUUUAAUAUUAUUUCAAGCUUUAUUCUGACGUCCUGAUUGACAGUUUGGCACUUGGCGGUAUUGCGCGCGCGGCUUGCGUGUAGUCUACAGACGUUAGGCUACUCUCAUGUUUGACUGUUUUACGUGUCUUUAACGUGUUGAAUUGAUAUGAAAACAGGACGGCUUUCCUCUGUCGGCAACCUCAGAAUAUAAAAGAGACAGAUUCGCGACAUUUCGAGCCACCUCUCUUCAUAUACGUGCAGAAAUGGGUCUUAUGGGAAUCUACCUGCUUCAUCUCAGCUUUGCCGCUUGGCAGGUACUGCUUUCUGCGGGGAGAGACUGUCUUAUAGCGGGAGACACCUGUUCCAGUGAUGAGACCUGCAGCCCGCGCCUUCGGACCCUUCGCCAAUGCGUUGCCGGGAAUGGCAGCAUGAAACUCGGUCCUGGGGCCCGCAGUCAGUGUGCAAAUGCUGUCUCUGCGCUGUUGUCCAGCCCUCUGCACGGCUGCCAGUGCAGACGAGGCAUGAAGAGAGAGAAAAACUGUCUCAGCAUAUAUUGGAGUCUCCACCAAUCUGGAAUGCAUGGGCUUAACCUGGUAGAGAACUAUCCAUAUGAAGCAGUGCAGAAAGGCUAUGACUUUGUCCGUCUAGCCUCCAUCACCGCAGAUUCCGAGGUCGGGAUGACAACAGUGAACCGCUGCCUGGAUGCGGCCAAAGCUUGCAACAUCGACCAUGUGUGCCAGAAACUGCGCACGGAGUAUGUGUCAACAUGCAUCAAGCCAUCCACCAAGUCGGGUUUGUGUAACCAAUCAAGGUGCAACAAGGCCUUGCGGCGGUUCUUCGACCGUGUGCCUCCGGAGUACACCCACGAGCUGCUGUUCUGCCCUUGCAGUGACAUGGCCUGUUCAGAGAGACGGCGACAGACCAUUGUGCCCAGCUGCUCCUAUGAGGGAGAAGAUAAACCCAGCUGCCUCUCCCAGAUGAGGAUCUGUAAGGCAGACUAUGUUUGUAGGUCUCGUUUGGCCCAGUUUCAGUAUGACUGCCAGCCAGAAGAGCAGUCUGCCAGCGGCUGCAAGCAGGGAAACUAUGCAGCAUGUCUUAUUGCUUACACCGGACUGAUAGGCAGCUCAAUCACCCCAAACUAUGUGGACAACUCCACAUCCAACGUGUCUCCCUGGUGCUCGUGUUCAGCCAGCGGGAAUCUGAGAGAUCAGUGCAAAGACUUCCUGAACUAUUUCACAGACAACGUCUGUCUAAGGAACGCUCUCCUGACGUUUGGGAAUGGAAUGGAUUUCACGCCCACUCCUCCCCAACUGCCGCGGUUAAGUCCUGUGACGGACAGAGGGCCACGCCGGACGACUCCAGCGUUUGUCACCAUGGAGACCGAACAGAACAUUCUGAGCCCAGCUAAACCCACACAGGACUCUGUAAAGGUGAGACUUUGGUCUGACUCCACUGCGUCCUUCGACACACACCAGAACUCUGCUCGAGCGUUUGCUGCGGCGUCGCUACCUGUCUGGAUUUGUAUCUUUCUUAGCAUCUGUCUCAGCUGUAAUGAGUAAACAGACUAAAGACUUUUAGGACAUCUAUUCUGACGGGCUCAUGAGUUUGAACAGUCUGGAACAUAUUCAGCUACAGAGCUGAAGAAAUCGGCCAAACUGGCCUCAUUUCUCUAACACUGAAGUCAUCGUGUUUUCUCUGUUUCCGUGGAACCGCCAGUAAAACCAACAGAAUCUGAAUUCGCAAGGCACUUUUGUAGAAAUGAAUGUGGUUAGUCAAACACAAAGGCCAGUGGAAAAUGUACCUGUACAUAUGUACAUAGCGUCACACAGAGUCAAUAUGAAACUGUGCUAUUCAUUGAGAGUUUCAGUGUAAAAUCAUAUUUUUGUGGGGGUUGGGGUGAGAGCGAAUUCAGAAGACUAGAUUCAACAAGUUUCUAAAGCCCAAAUUACCUUCCAGCACUCCAAAAUCAAUUCUUGAUGAAAUGUGGAGCGGAGAGAAAUGAAGCUUUCUCUUCUGUCUUUUAUAGUUCCUCAUGCAUCACUUCAACCAUUUGGAGAUCCCCUUGAGGAAAACAAGGAUUUAAUAUCAUUCUGUUCAACUUGACUGAAGAGAAGACAUAGGCUAUUUCUAAUCAAUAAUGGAAUGGUAAUGCCUUUAGGUGGAAAUAAACAAUACUUUUCUCAAAGUUCAUAGCACAAAAUCAAAUGCAGUAUUUGCUAUUUGGACAUAAGCUACUUCAACUAAACAAUCUUCAGACAUUGACUUAAGACAUUGUUCUGGCGUCAUCACAGCUGAUCUGCUUUAUGUAUAAUAUGGUGUGUUUAUAAGGAAUCCCGGUGGUUAUGAUCAUGAACAUUAGGGCUGAUGAUGUGGGAAUGGGGUAGAAGAGGUGUUUGAGGGGUCCCGCUCCAGGCCCUGGUAAGAAAGCCCUUGGUAUUUUAAAGGCUGGGAAUCUCAUUAUGGAACAUUCUUUGGUUCAUCUUCAUCAUAUGGCACUAAUAAAAGAUGCUGGUUCAUUUAAA